GAGACGAGUGCUGUUCGCCUGCCUCCACUUACGUCGAUUGACUGGUUGCACAAAAUGUCGAGCCAGCAGUGUCUGAGACGCCUUGCGGCUUCGUCAUUACCGAUACGAUCGCAUCCCGUUCUCCGAGCGUCCCGCAUAGCUUCAUGUCGCGUUGCAACGCGGAAUUACAGUGCUGUGACGAGGGCCACCUCGUCGGGGCUUCUUAGCCAGGCAUCGAGGAGACCCACACAGCUUGCAACAUGUCGCCUCCCUUUCAUCACACCCUCGCGCGGCUAUGCGGACACGAUUGUCAAGGUGCCGCAGAUGGCCGAGUCGAUAACCGAGGGAACGUUGAAACAGUGGUCAAAACAGGUCGGCGACCAUGUUGAGGCAGACGAGGAGAUUGCUACCAUCGAGACGGACAAGAUCGACGUGUCCGUCAACGCCCCCGAGGCCGGUAUCAUCAAAGAAUUCCUGGUCAAUGAGGAGGACACCGUCGUCGUUGGACAGGAUCUGGUGAAGAUGGAGUUGGGCGGUGCUGCACCCUCAGGUGGGGCCAAGGAGACUUCUGCUAAGGAGGAGCCCAAGGAGCCCGCGCCAACGGAGCAGAAGACUUCGUCGCAGCCGGAGGGAGGCCAGGAGAAGGAGAAGCCUGCGCCUCCUAAGGAGGAGCCCAAACCUGCGCCGCCGCCUAAGGAGGUGUCAAAACCCGCGCCGCCGCCGUCAAAACCCGCAAAGGAGGCCAAGGAGGCAGAGCCUAAGAAGGAGCCUGUCCCCGGGAAUCGUGAGGAGCGCCGUGUCAAGAUGAACCGCAUGCGCCUCCGAAUCGCCGAGCGCUUGAAGCAGUCGCAGAACACCGCGGCCUCGCUGACAACCUUCAACGAGGUCGACAUGUCGCAAAUUAUGGAGUUCCGCAAGCUGUACAAGGAUGAGAUACUGAAGAAGACGGGUGUGAAGCUCGGCUUUAUGAGCGCCUUCUCGCGAGCCUGCGUGUUGGCCAUGAAGGAGAUUCCCGCCGUCAACGCCUCCAUCGAGGGCCCCAACGGUGGCGACACCAUCGUGUACCGCGACUACGUCGACAUCUCGGUCGCUGUGGCCACGGAGAAGGGUCUCGUCACCCCUGUUGUCCGCAAUGCCGAGUCCCUGGAUAUGAUUGGCAUUGAGAAGGCCAUCGCGGACCUCGGGAAGAAGGCUCGCGACGGCAAGCUCACGAUUGAGGAUAUGGCUGGUGGGACUUUCACGAUCAGCAACGGAGGCGUCUUCGGCUCGCUGAUGGGGACCCCCAUUAUCAAUUUGCCGCAGACCGCCGUGCUGGGCCUUCAUGCGAUCAAGGAUAAGCCGGUUGUGGUGAAUGGGGAGAUUAAGAUCAGGCCUAUGAUGUACCUCGCCCUCACGUACGACCACCGGCUGCUCGACGGAAGGGAGGCCGUCACGUUCCUGAUCAGAGUCAAGGAGUUCAUCGAGGAUCCGCGCAAAAUGCUCCUUGCCUAGAAGAAAUACCUGACAGCUCCUUUGUCCUGAUAUGAGUUUAUUACCUUUUCCAAACGAUUGCUCUAUUUGUCGUCCGUCUGUUUCUUGUGCAUUUUUGUGGCGGAGAUGGGGAUCAAUCUGUACAUGUGUGCAUGUUAAGCUAAGAAGCCUGGCAUGGUAUUGGGAUGGUUGAGUGUGGUUGGGAGGAGAUGGUUUUGCAUGUACGAUUAACGCGUUGGCGUGAGUGGUGAGCACUGCGGAGAGCGGUGGAGGAGGCAGGGAGCGUGUGGUUGUGUAGCGUGGGAGAGUAGGAAGUCGAAUAAAAAUCUUCUCUUUUGCCAUUUAAUCGA